AACAACAAUGUCCGACAAAAAGGAGGUGAAUUUAUCUGGAGUCCGACAGAAUAAAGGCGUGUGGCUCGUUAAGGUUCCCAAGUAUCUAUCUCAGCAAUGGGAGAAGGCCACAGAAAAGGGAGAAGUUGGAAAGAUAUCAAUAGAAAAAAAACAAGGAAAAACAGAGGUGUGUUUCACUCUAAAUGAGGAGCUGGCUGCCGUGACGUCUGCAGGAGAGAAGGAGGAGUCCCUGCAGGCCCCAAGGGAAUAUCCCUUCACGAUGCACACAGUGGGUGCACAGACGAUGGCUGUCUUCAGCCAGACCGACACAGAUGAAGUCAGUCUGGAGGGGACGGUGGUGCACAGAGCCGAGUGCCGGAUCGUCGUCUCUGACAGCUACAUGAAGGUCAAGAGGCUGCAGGUCGAGUCCGUCAAGCCGCAGCGUUUGGUGCAGCAGCUGGACCGAGCCGUCGCCACCGUCUUCAAGCCCGUGGCCAACCACAACUUCAAUUUGGAGUACGAGAAGAAGAAGAAGUCUGAGGGUAAGAUGGUGAGGGCGGAUCGGCAGCAGGUGUUGGACCUGCUCUUCUCUGCUUUUGAGAAGCACCAGUACUACAGCUUCAAGGACCUGGUGGACAUCACCAAGCAGCCCGUGACAUAUCUUAAAGAAAUCAUGAGGGAAAUCGGUGUGUGCAAUCGCAAGGGAGCACACAAAAGCACCUGGGAGCUGAAGCCAGAGUACCGUCACUACCAGCCGAGUGAGGAAGAGGAGCAGAAAAGCCCCUGACUCCAUCUGAACCGUCUCACCUCAGAAAAUAAUAGAUGGGUGUAAAAUUUUGUUUAUUUGUUUACAAUGGGUGGGAAAUCAUGUACAUUGUUCAGCAUGAUGAAUGUAAGUUGUGGGCUGGAGUCAGUUUUGCUUUCAGUAAUGUUGCCAUGUUCUCUGAAUUAAAGCUGUCUCCUGAACUUGUUCGUUCAGCAGGUGUUUUUUCACAGCAGACAGUUGGAGCCAACAACAACAAUCUGUUCCAGCUGUUACCACAAAGCAGCGCUGCAAUUAGUCGUGUAAUUACCCACACCUUUGUUUGACAUGUAAAAAUGUCCUUCUGUGAUUGAAAACAACUGAUUUGAUCCUUACUGAGGAUUUAGAUGGCACCAUGCAGCCACUGGAAACACAUUAGAGGAAAUCAAAGAUGGCUGAAAACCUGCUGGGUGUCUCAGUUCGUCUGUCUGGCUGUAUUACAGCAGAAACGGCUUUAAAAGAUUUUUCUGCUCAAUUACAUGAGGCAGAAAAACCCGCAGCUGAGUAAAGCCAAACCUUUGUGGAUCAGACUAGCGUGAGCUUAUUUACUGCGUUCACACUGCAGCACAAAGUGACCCAACUCCAAUUUUUUAAUUAUUCUUUUACCGUAAGAAUACAAAUCGCUAAAAGCUUCAUGACAGUCUGAACAAUAUCGGAUAUAUCGAUAUCCGAUACUUAUCCGAUUCCGAUGUGACCCAAGGUCCAGGUCGCAUGAACGUCACUGAUACUCGACAAACGUCACUGCUCUGCGUCCCGAUAGGCCCAAUCGGAAAGAAAAACAAUCAUGAUGGAGUGUAAAGAUUAAGUUGUAAAAGUGUUGGUUCCGGUUGGACAACUUUAAAAUUGAAAGCUGCUCCACCGUUAGCAUCCAUGUUUACUCCCGCUAACAAUGAGCACUUCCUCUUUAUGGCGGUUGUCAAAACACUGAGCACGCUGACGCUAUUGCGCCCUCUACUGCGCAUGCGGGACACCUUCAGGUCGUUUGCCGUUCAUACUGGAGAUCAUUUAUUAGUCACAUGUUUAGUUGUAUGACCAGAAAAAAAGAAAUCUGAAUCGGGUCACUUCAGGCUGCAGUGUGAAUGCAGCCUUACAAGUUUAUAGAUUAAGCUGUAAACCUGAUAAAUCACUGGGGGAAUCCCUGACCUCUAUCUCCAGUGAUAAACAGGGACUUUAUGUCUCAGUCCAAUCACCUGAACCACCUGGUCCUGGUUCUCACAGCGACUGAAACGCCUAACAGUGAAAAUCCACCUUAUGGUCGUCACCUGUAGCAAAUCCCACGUUUCCAGUACAGCAGGAUCUUUGGAUGUUUUCUCCUUUCACAGGCUUGUUAAAUAAUUUAAAUGUUUUUGUCUGUUGGCUUCUUGCAUGAAAACCUUGUAAAAAAUGUAAAACUCUGGGUGUUAAUGCAGCUUCAUGGUAGUUUAGUUGUUUUGGAGGCAACAUUUUGAGAAACUGUAGCUAAAGUUUUUUUAGUUUUUCUGGCUCCAGCUUCCUCUUGACAUUUUCAUUUUUUCAUUGGUGAAACAUUAAAAAAAAUGUGGUUAAAUUGUAUGAUUAAAUCAUUGCACUGAUGACUCAGGAUUAAAGCAGGGUACAAAUAUAAACCUGUUAUAUCAGCGCUGAUGGAUUAUGUAAACAUGUAAAACAGAAAUUUAAAAAGUCUGCUUUACUUUUUGUAGCUAAAACUAAAAAUAUGGAGUGACUUUUUACAGCUAUAUUUAAAAUUAAGUUCUGCAAUACGUUUGUGCUGGUAGGCAAUAUUGAGAAAAUUUUAUUUGUUUAUUGUUAAACACUUGAAGCAUCUCAUUGCAGUUUAAAUUUGUUUACCUUUUUUUUAUAGGAAUCUCUUGAGUCGUGAGGAUCAAACAUGCAGGAUUUGUAGAAGACUCAGGAAAGGCAGCAUGAAUUUUCCAGUCACAGCUAAAACCUGAAAUGUUUUCCCCCCAGAAAACGAGAGAAACUUAGAGGUACUUUUUAUUUUCAAAUUGAACCUGAAGUCUUUGCAUUGGAGAUGGACUCGUUUAACACAACCAGAAACCCAAGCAUGAUGAAGGCCGUGGAUGUCAAACUUGAUGCUAAAACAGAAAAAACUGCUUUGCAGCCAGAGUCGGAGCUUCACUUUCUGUCCUGCCAUUUCGUUUUCAACAUUGAGCGCUGGCCCAAAAGAAAAACAAACAAAAAAAUACUGCAAAAAAGAAAGUUAAAAACUGUAUU